AUGGUGAGGGCUCGGUUCUGCAGUCAGACUGGUUUGAAGAAAGGCACUUGGAGCCCUGACGAAGAUCAGAAGUUGAUAAACUACAUCAAGAGACAUGGCAUUUGGAACUGGAGUGAGAUGCCCAAGUUUGCAGAUCUGAGGAGGUCCGGGAAGAGUUGCAGGCUUCGAUGGGUGAAUUAUCUUAAGCCGAAUAUCAAGCGGGGGAACUUCACUAGAGAUGAAGAAGAAACCAUACUGAAAAUGCAUGAAAAGCUUGGAAAUAAAUGGUCUGCAAUUGCAGCGGUUUCUCCCAGGGAGAACAGACAAUGA